AAUCCAAAUUAGAUCCCAAGUAAAGCCCACCAUCCCAGGCCGGAUCAACAAUGAUCAAUUUUUCAUUUCACCGCAGUUUAUGCAGCUGCUCCUUCAUCGAUCCACCGUUUCUCUAGUAUCCUCUCCUACCAGUCAACGACUGGCGAGAUCGUUGCUGCCAUGGAAGUGUCAAAUUUUUCCGCGAUGUAUUUCAAGCCCCAGCUGAACCGUUCUAGUUUAAUUAGGGAUGCAAAAGAUGAUGCAAUGUUGCACUGCAGAGAACGUAGACAUUUAGCUGCGUUAUGCGCCAACAGCAGUGGGAUGCUUCGUCAUCAUCUUUACCCUUGUCUUCACAGGAGAAACAAUGUGGUUUUAGGUGGAAGAGAAGAUAAUUUCCAACUUAUCUCCAGGGCUCGAACUUCACGAGCAGGGAAUUAUGUGCAAGGAUCGAGAUCACGGUUGCUGGUAUCGUGCCAGGUGACGAGAGAAGAGUCUGGUGGAACCAUGAGUGGUGAAAGCAUCUUGCUGAACGAACAGACAUUGGAGCGGGAGUUGCAGAUUGCCAUUGAGGAAGAGAACUACUCCCAGGCAGCAAAGAUCAGGGACAGCCUUCGACUUCUCCAGGAGGAUAGCAAGGCUUCAGUCUUAGCAGCAAACUCUCGAUUUUACAACUCGUUCAGAAAUGGGGAUUUAGCUUCAAUGCAAGCUCUCUGGUCGAAGGGAAACCAUGUGUGUGUCGUGCACCCUGGUGUGAGUGGCAUCUCUGGUUAUGACCUGGUGAUGGGGAGCUGGGAAUUUGUUUGGGCUGACUACGAGUUCCCCCUCGAGAUUGAGAUCAAGGACGUACAGGUCCACGUGAGAGGUGAGGUUGGCUAUGUUACCUGCAUCGAAAUGGUGAAGACCAAGGGGAGUAGCUGGGGAAGGCAUUUUGCGUCGAAUGUUUUUGAGAAGAUUGAUGGCCAGUGGUUUCUAUGCAUUCACCAUGCCUCAUAUGUGGAUCUUUGAAACAGAUUGUAAGACCAAAACCACUUUUUUGCAUCCUAUGUUGGUCUGUGAGAGUUUGUAAGACCUAAAUACCGAUUUGUAUUGUAUGUUGGUCUGUGAUGGAGAUUUUAACACCACAAUGUCUCGUUUGGUAGACUAUCCAUGUUACGGCUAGGUAUGAUACUGACCGUUAUAUAUAUUAUAAUUUGUGCUAGUUAUGUAGUA